GCGGAGCGGAGCGGAAGUGCCGGAGUUGCCGCCCGCCGCUGCCGCCGCCGCGCGCGGGGGAAAGUUGGGCUCCCUGAGGGCGGCGGCGGCCGGGCCGCGCUCCCGCUGCCCCGCGCCUCCUCCGCCUCCUCCGUCCCCUCCUCCCCGGCGGCGGCUCCGAUGCGGCGGAAGCAGAAGCGGCUGCUGCAGGCGGUGGGGCUGGCGCUGGCCGCCCUCGUUUUCUUGCCCAACGUGGGGCUCUGGUCCCUCUACCGCGAGCGGCAGCUGGAGGGCGGCGGGGCGGCCGGCGGGGAGGGGGCCGCCGCCGCGGGGCCGCCGGGGGCAGCGGCCGGCGAAGCGCCGGCAUCAUACGUGAGGCAAAAGAAAGACCCUUACUUUGGUGAUGGACAAAGGAAAAAGGACUGGCAUAACAAAGAAGCUAUAAGGAGGGACUCUGAGCGUGUAGGAAAUGGAGAACAGGGAAAACCUUACCCAAUGACUGAUGCAGAGCGAGUGGACCAGGCAUACAGGGAAAAUGGCUUUAAUAUCUUUGUGAGUGAUAAAAUUUCUCUGAAUCGUUCCCUUCCAGACAUCAGACAUCCAAACUGCAAGAAUAAGCUGUACCUGGAGAAGCUUCCGAACACUAGCGUGAUCAUACCGUUCCACAACGAAGGAUGGUCCUCUCUCCUCCGGACAGUGCACAGUGUCCUAAACCGCUCCCCUCCUGAGCUGAUAGCAGAGAUAGUGCUGGUGGAUGACUUCAGUGACAGAGAACACCUGAAGAAACGUCUGGAAGAUUAUAUGGCCCAGUUCCCAAAUGUGAGAAUCCUCCGAACCAAGAAGAGAGAAGGGCUGAUAAGGACUCGAAUGCUGGGGGCCUCCAUGGCGAUAGGAGAUGUCAUCACCUUCUUGGAUUCCCAUUGUGAGGCCAACGUGAACUGGCUGCCACCUCUGUUAGAUCGCAUCGCUCGAAACCGCAAGACUAUCGUUUGCCCUAUGAUUGAUGUUAUCGAUCAUGACCACUUUGGAUAUGAAACUCAGGCUGGAGACGCAAUGCGAGGUGCAUUUGACUGGGAGAUGUAUUACAAGAGGAUCCCUAUUCCUCCUGAGUUACAGAAACUUGACCCCAGUGAUCCCUUUGAGUCUCCUGUAAUGGCUGGAGGACUGUUUGCAGUCGAUAGAAAGUGGUUCUGGGAGCUGGGAGGGUAUGAUGCAGGUCUGGAGAUAUGGGGAGGAGAGCAGUAUGAAAUAUCCUUUAAGGUAUGGAUGUGUGGGGGUCGCAUGGAGGACAUCCCUUGCUCUAGAGUUGGUCAUAUCUACAGAAAAUACGUUCCAUACAAAGUUCCUACAGGAGUAAGCCUAGCAAGAAACCUGAAGCGGGUGGCUGAGGUGUGGAUGGACGAAUAUGCAGAGUACAUAUACCAGCGUAGACCAGAGUACCGGCAUCUCUCUGCAGGAGACGUCGCAGCUCAGAAGGAGCUUCGCAACAACCUCAACUGUAAAAGCUUCAAGUGGUUCAUGAACGAGGUCGCAUGGGACUUGCCCAAGUUUUACCCACCCGUGGAGCCUCCAGCAGCUGCCUGGGGAGAGGCAAGUUUGUGCUUUGAAAUCUGCAGUGGGCAAACAGGCUGCAGUUUGGUUUGUUAAAGUUGCCUUACCUGUGUGCUCCAGUACCAGCUCGCUGUGAGUAAGGUGGCAAGUGUUUAAAGAUCCUGCUUGAUAUGUUUCAAAGACCAGAACUCCUCUACCAUCGUGUUGGCCUGAUCAAAGGCGGCAGUUAUGCAACCGUUUCUGCUAGUGCCCAGCUACACAGAGAAUAGAGACUUGGCUUGUUCUGCACAUUGUGUAUUUAGUAGAAGACAGAACAUGCCAACAAGGAGGACUAGGGAGAGGUGGCAGCUAAGCAGUAGUAGAAAUCUUGUAUUUCCAAAAGCCUACAUAACUGUGCUGAGCUACUCUGCUCCUUAGCUUUCCCAUCUGAAAGCCAGGAAAGCCAUCCCUGUUUUUGAAAGUUGGCUGUGUUCUGGGAGAAGAGUCACCUAGGAGUGAAGUCAUGAAUUGUUACACACCACAACAUGGUGGGCUCUGCGGUCCUGUAGCUGAUGGGUUUUGCUGUGCCCUGGAGGUGGGUCACAUUUUGAAUUCCAGUGCUUUCUCCUAGCUGUUACCUGCCAACUCAGAUGUAUAGUUACGUGAGGGUGUCUUCAUACAAAUACUGCCACUAUUUGAGGAAAUUUAAGCUUUCUUUUCUGUCACUUGAUAAGAGUAGGAGAGUCAGUGACUGAUUUACUGUUUCAGAUACGCAAUGUAGGAACUGGCCUGUGUGUAGAUACUAAGCAUGGAGCCCUGGGAUCCCCACUGAGGCUGGAAAACUGUGUGAAGGACAGAGGAGAGGCAGCAUGGAACAACGUGCAGGUAUUCACGUUCAGCUGGAGAGAAGACAUCCGUCCAGGGGAUCCUCAGCAUACCAAGAAAUUUUGUUUUGAUGCCAUUUCCCACAGCAGCCCUGUGACCCUCUAUGACUGUCAUGGAAUGAAGGGGAACCAGCUCUGGAGAUACCGAAAAGACAAGACCCUUUACCACCCAGUAAGCAGCAGCUGUAUGGACUGCAGUGAGAGUGACCGUAAGAUCUUUAUGAAUAGCUGCAAUCCUUCAUCUCCAACACAGCAGUGGAUAUUUGAACAUACAAACUCAACCGUCUUGGAAAAAUUUAACAGAAAUCUUGAUCUUUAAAAGACUGAGAAAAAAAAAUAUAUUUUACAAUUAUAGUUUUUACUGGGGAGGGUUACAAAAAAUUUUUUUAAGAAUACUUUUUUUUAAAUAGUUAAUGAAGGUAAAAGGGAGAAUCUCAGGAGAAGGGUAACUAGCAGGCCAGUCUUUAUUGCAAAGAUGCUGCAUCCUUCUCUUCUGGGGAUGGUGGAAUUUUAAAGGCUUUGCCAGAGCCACUUCUGUGCUGAGACUGAACAGCAACUCUGUUUUUAGAGGAGUCUGAAUGUGAUUCAAACUGCUUUUGGGUUUUUUUGCUUUGUUGUUUUGUUUUCUUUCCCAUCUGGGUCUGGUGUUAAAUGAUUUUGUUAUCUGAGACCCUCCAGGACUUUUUGUAGCUGCUAUACCACCUGCUGAAGCAUUCCCAUAUAGAUGCUUUAUCUUCCGGAGUUCAUAUAAGUAAAAUCUUGAACAGAAGAUUUAAGCCUCAAUAAAAAAAAAGGCCAUCAAAAUGUAAAACGGAAUUAAUAUUUUUUUCCCCUAAACCAAAAUAUAUUUCAAACAGGUUGAGUAUUAUUACUUUCCAAACCAUAGCUCUGAUAAAGGAAUGAGCUCUAGUGGAAGUGCAGCCAAGUGUUGGGAAUAUCACUGUAGUUAUUAAUGAUGAGGAAUCUGGGUUUCUGGUCCAUUCACUUUGCAGUCAGUUUGUCAUUCGCUGUUGAAUCUUCAAGGUGAAAGAUUAGCAGAGGGGUUUUAAGUAAGCAUAGUUCUUACAGGUGAAGAUUUUUGCUAAGAGCCUUUGGAUAUCAUGUUCCAAAUUUGCCUCUUAUUCAGUUUUAGCACAGACAGUUUCUCAGAGUUAAAUCUACAUGAAGGCAACUUCCAUUUUUUUCUUUAGAGGUUUGAAGGCUAACUUAAUUCACAGCCAGUGUGAGCAGAUUAAUUCAGGAAAAAUAAGUCAGGGCUGAGAUUAUCCAUUGGUCUUUAUCCAUUUGUUCAUCAGUCUGUAGUUCAUUGCAGUCAUGCGUCCUGUGGUCAGCAGUGUUCCAGACCUGUGGGAGCGUGCUAUUAAUCUCUCCUCUUCUCCCAACAUCCACAGUGCUGUACAGCUUACUGUGACUGGAAAUCUGUUUGCUGAAGUGGAGAUGUGGGACUGAUGGGCCCAUUCCGCUGGUACCUUGUCCCUUGUGUAAUCAAUUAGCAGUGCAAGGUAUUACCCUUCUGAUUUGGCUGCAGGAUCUGCCAAACACUGAACCAGAAUUGUCUCAUCCCAGGAGCUGGAAAAAGGCACUGACACUAAAGGAUGGCUGGAGGACUGUUGGUUUCAAGUGUUACCUGAAGCAAGUGUUUUUAAACCAGGGUGGGGGUUUUUUUAGUGAAGUUGUUGCAAAAACUUGAUUUACUAGUUCAGCUUAGUCUUAUACUGAAGUCGGCAGCGGCAUUUUCUAGUAAAAGCUGGGGGUGAUGUUAACCUUUUGCAAAGGUGCUGUAUGAAUAAGUAAAAUUAGCCCUUUUCUGGUAAUUGCCCAGCACCACAGUUGGUCCAACUGCCCGUGCAGGAGUGUUGUGAGAAGGUAGUGUGCAGGCAGCUCUGGGAGUGAAAGGCUGAAGCACUCGGGGUAGGAGCAGGGCACCCUUCUGGGACUCUCGAUAAAUGCAGUUAACAGACUCCCCCUCCUCGGAGGAGCAGGGACGCUCUGCUCUGGGUUGUCUCUCAUGUGAAGGCAAGGAGAUUUUUUGCCUAGUGUCAGCAAACAAGCAGGCUGGCUCCCUCUGAAGAGCUUCACAAGGAAGAAGUUGCUUUUGCAAACUGUAGGAUCAUUGGCCAUGUUUCAGGUGUCUUUGAGGCUGUGUAGUGCUGUGUCUGUCAACUGGGAGCAAACUAGGACACAAAUAUCUGCCUCUCGAGCUCUCAAGUCUGAUGUAUUGACUGUGAGGCUCAAAAUCAUUUCCACCUCUCAUCCUCGCAGCUGAGGCCGUGUCUGACCUCUUCUGCCAACUUAGGCGGUACGUGCAGCCACAAAGCAAGGGAGACACAGGCACCGUGUUACAGCUGGGGCAAGGCUUGCCAAAUGUGUUGGUGUCUGAUGUUUGGGGAGUGAAGAAAGAAAAAAAAAAAAAAAGCUUUAGGCUUUCCUUGUGACAGUUUUGCAGCACUACUUCUAUGGAAGUGAGACCAGCAUCAACCAGAGUUGGCAUCAUAUGUUCUCAGUAACCACAGUAUGUCUGUCAUUAGGAUUCCUUCUCGUUUCUGGGAGACAGAGCCACCUUCCAGUGCUUUGUGUCUGACUGUUGCUUUCCUUAAGUUAUUCAUGCUCUCAUUGGUCUAGUGGUGCUGACUGUGGAUCAUUAGAUGGCCUGACUAGAUGUCUUUAUGAAUGUUUUAAUACCUGUGGAACAAGAAGCUGUUUGUCCAUGAACAGUGCUAGUUUUUUAUAAUUGGGUCACAAUCAGCAAAUUAUAUAAAUGGACUGUAGGUCAUUCUGCUUGCAGCUUGCAACUUUGUGUGUCUUUCUUUUCCAAUGAGAGGAUUAGUUUCUGUUUCUAAAAUGCAUGGCUUGCUUUGUACUUGGGCUCACCUUGUGACAAGAGUCCUAGCUGCUUGGCUUGCUGGAUGCUUGCUUCAGAGAGAACUGCCGUAAUGAACAGGUCUUUUACCACUUAGUGAUCUUAAUUUGGAGAGAAAGGACAGCUCUUAGCAGCUUGCACCAAAAGAUUAGGUAAUUUUUGAGGCAAUUCCUGUUUGACAGCCAACCACCAGUACACGGAAACUGGAGUUUUAGUGUGAGUAGCCAUACUGGCUCCUUCUCGGUAUGGAUGAUCUGCUCUGUUUUCUGAAGGUUUGGGAUCUGAGUGUGAUAAGUGCCUCACAAAUUCUGUACACUUCUGACUUGCUUGCUGGGCUUUGAGCUAUUAAUUUAUUUACAUCAAUUAUAUUUUUCAAUACCCUAGAGGCUUUGCUCACUAAUGAGAAGAGUGAAUAUAGCCAACCAUCCACUGAUGGAAAAAUAGAAGCUGUAUUUCAUCAUCUACAUCUUUAAUUGAGCUUUUACUGGGCAAUCUGGUUAAUUAUUCCAAUUAUUUUUGGUUAUUUGUAAGCAAAAUUGCUAAAGCAUGAAUACAUAAGCAAAUCUUCACAUCCACAUGCAAGUCAAGACUGGAGAUUAAAUACCAGUGAUCAUCUAAUGCAAAAUAAAUGUUUUCAUAUUUUUUUCCCCAAAUGUAUUUAAACGUUCCUCUCUCUGUGGCUGUAUGAAUUCUGUUCCUUUUAAGUAUCAGAAUCCCAGACAACCGAGGGGAUCCCUGGAUGUGUGUUCUGUCGCAUAAUACUGCUUUGGUUUGUUCUUGAAGCUGUUCUUGAUUUACACUGGUGCUAAUCUCUUAGGCCUGCAGGCAGAGUAAUAGGUUUGGGGCUCUCACAUGUGCAAGGUGUCUUUUUUCAUGCCUGGGAAAUUAACUUUCUUUUCCACAUCACAAUAGAAGAAUGUGUGAGCCUUACUGAAGGGGGAAUACAGCAUCAUUAAAAUAAAGAUGUGCCUUUUUAAAUGUAAAUGUGCAGCAAAUGCUUAAACUUGAACCAUUUCCUAGUGCCUUGCUGGACAACAGAGAAGAGGGGAAGGGGUUGGGAGAUGAGGAUGUAAGAGAAAGCUUGAUUCUGAUUUGUGCAGUGUUUGUGUUUGUGUGUGUUUUUUAAAAUGUCUGACUUUAAGUGCAGAAUUUGUUUGAACAACAGUAAUUCGGAAGCUCCUAGGUUUCCUCUGUUAAAUUGAUAUUAAUGCCUCUGGGUGGGUUUGUCACUCCUCACAGGAGGACUUGGAAAGGACGGCAGCUGCCUCUUGGUAUGCUGUAACGACUAAAGCUAGACCAGAGGAUGCCUUGGUUGGCUGUUGGAUGUUUCGCCUCAUGGUGAAGGCUCAUGCAUUUCACCAGCAUGCAAGAUCCUGCAUUUUCUUUUCUAAGUAUCCAAAUCAGAAAUCACAAGUAGUCCCAAAGGCAUAUAAAAUCUGCAGCAGAAAUGUCUUUCAGAAAGUCAGUGCCCUCCAUCCCUGGGAAACUUUUAAAGGGUGUGUUCAAAUCUCUAAUACAGAAGUAGCAAGAAAGCAAUGGCUCAGCUAAACUUUCUUCGUGGUUUGUUUUACAGUAGUCUAUGCACAGGGCUUUGCUUUCCUUUACCUGGAGAGUUCCAGUCAGCAAACUUUCCUCCUCCCUGCUGCACUGAGAUAUCAACGUUCUGCAAGUCAAACAGGCACCACCGGCAACCAGCAUUGCAAGAACACAGUGCUCUCGUAGCUACUGUAAGAUCAUUAUAGUCACUGUGCUGGCUUACAUCACCGAGGGGAGAGGAGAGAGGUCUCCUGAAAGUCAUAUCAGGUAAUUGCAUAACUGCUCGGUAAAAAGGGAGAAGCUUUUAUUUUAAAUUGUCUUUCAAGAUACGGACGGACACUUGAAUGGGUUUGAGGCGGCUGGAGAGAGCAGCCAGCCUCUAGCAGUCAGCCUGUCACGCUUUCAGUCAAAAGAGCCCUGGUAAAGUUAUGUCUGAAACAGUCCGGCUCUGCUAGCACAAGGGACUCCGGGUGUACCUUGCAUCCCACGUCCACUCCCAGCUGCUGUGGUUCUUGUUCCUACUCGCCUGCCUUAUUUCUAACCACUUGCAUCAAAGGAGCCCGGUGGUGCCUAAGUCAGCCCUUAUCUGACAAGCAGCAAUCUAGGUUUCCAUUUUAGCAUUCAUUUAGCAUGAAAAACAUCACAAAUAUUUAGCCAACUGUUGCCAAAAUGGUGAGUAGCUUUACGUCAAUGUCAGAGUUUGGGGCGGUAGAGUUAAAAGCUCUUUCACAGGAUACAUAGCAAAAGGGGAGCUGAACUGGGAGUCAGGACCCCUCCCAGUCUACCGGUGGCCUAUUACUUGCUCUUAAGCAAGGAACAUCUGUGUCCUGCAAUUUUCCAACCUGAUGAUUCCAAGAUGUAGCUUUAAGUGCUUUAUUUGCUGACCUAGUGAGUGUUGAGCCCGUAUUUUAAAACAAGUUGCAAGUCCUCACCUGGUUCAAGUGGAGAGGAGAGAAUGGGAAAGCUGAGAUCUGAAAUUUCCAUCAGCAUUCAACACAGAGUUGUCAGUUAAUUUCAUAAUCCUAUUAACCAGUCAGAUUGAUUUAUUCACAUUAUAAAUUUAGAACGUAACUGAAAUAAACUCACCUCCUUCUCUGGUUGCUCCUUUGUAGUGUCACACUUUAACUUGGAGAUCUGUGUAUGAAACUAGGCAGUGAUAGGUUAUGGAAAUACUAAUAAAAAGCCUAUGUCUGGGUUUUUCGACACUGCCUCUGCUAGAUAAGUAUGUUCAUUUAUUCACUGCAUUUGAGCUUUCUUGAUGCUUCUGUAUGACCCAGAAGGCUUCAAUGAUUUCAGCAGAUGUGAGGGAUUUGGGAGUUUUACAUAAAGCCAUGGGAUCUAUGUGGUCUUAAUCUGCUAGUGUACCUCUAGGGAAAAAAGUCCUAAUCCCGGUUAGUGAGCAAGAAAAUAUGAACUUCGACCACAAAACAAGAUAAAAACUGAUAAAGCUAACAGACUAAAAAGUUAGCCCUUAUGAUAACAGUAACAAAUAGCUUCAGCCUCUAGGGUGGAGAAGGGAAUUGGUUUCAAAAUGCAUUCUCCAGGAUCUCGGUGAUAAGGUCCAAGUUUGUCUAUUCCUUGUACUGCAUGCAUUUUAUCUGUAAAACUGGAUGGUGCCUCUUGAAUCGGUGUAUAUUUAUUUUGUGCAUAUUAGGACCAACAGCCUAAUAUCUGGGGGUGGUAAAGGACUUGUAGCACUUUAAUGUAGUAGCUUUCAUAAAUUGGGAAUCAUUGAUAGAAUGCCUAGUGUUUUUAAAGUUGAAUGGACUUCCUUUUAUAAUAUAUUUAAAAUAAAUUUUUAAUGUGUUUUAUGAAAA